AUGACAAGCAACAAUCUCAAUGGUCCUACCAAUUCCCCUUCAGAUAAUUUUCAGGCCUCUCUAAAGCCUAGAGUACUUGAAAUUUUGUCUACACUUGCUCACUGGUCAAAUGUGGACUUGACGGUUCUCAUUCUUUCAUCAAUGAGAAAGUUGACAGGAGAAAUUCCUUCUGCAGUUUCUUGGCUAGAGCUGGAGGAGGAAUCGGUCGGUGAGGUCGCUAGAAGGGUGGAAGAGCUUCAACCGGCCGUCCUUGGCUGGUUUUCGCUGGAGGAGCAGAGAAACGAUGAGUCGAUCUGUUCGCCAAACGCAGCAAAUCGCGAUCGUAGCUCAAUCGUUUUUGCCUUGGCCAACCGUACAACAGAAGAGAGAAUGCGAGAAAGGAAGAGACCGAAGCUUCAUCGGCUGAUCGCUGGGUCUAAUCUUGAAUUGUUUGGUAAUUUAUCCAAACUCAUUGUAUUGGAACUUGGAGAUAAUAAUUUCACUGGUCAAAUUCCAUCCUCAAUUGGAAAACUUGACAAACUCUAUGAGUUGGACCUUUCAUACAAUAAUUUUAGUGGCCCAAUUCCUCCAGAUAUUUGCAGGCUCUCCAGCCUUGUGUACUUGAUGUUGUCUAAUAACUUGCUCACUGGUCAAGUGGACUUGACGGGUCUCAUUCUUUCAUCAAAUGAGAAAUUGACAGGAGAAAUUCCUUUUGCAUUUUGUGAGUUAAAAUCACUCCAAAUCCUUGACCUGUCGAGUAACAAUUUCAGUGGUCCCAUUCCACAAUGUUUGGGAAACUUCAGCAAUAGCCUUUCAGUAUUACAUCUGGGUAUGAACAACUUUAAUGGAGUUCUCCCUCAAAGGGACAACACAUUCCCUUCUUUUCUACAAACUCUUCAAAAGUUGCAGAUUCUACAGCUACGAUCCAAUAGACUCCAUGGUUUGGUGAAAAGGCACUCCAUUGCCAACUAUCUGUUUCCCAAGCUACGGAUUUUGGACCUCUCCAACAACAAUUUCAGCGGACCUUUGCCUUCAUAUUAUUUCAAUAAUUUCGAUGCAAUGAUCAAUGUUGAUCAGCAUAUGACAUACAUGAGAGCACCAAACGACGCCUAUGAUUAUUCUGUAAGGUUGACAUGGAGGUUGACAUGGAAAGGAUUGGAAAUUGAGUUGGUGAAAAUCCAAACUCUUUUAACAACCAUCAAUUUGUCAGGUAAUAACUUCACAGGAAAAAUUCCCAAGUCAGUUGGAAAGCUUAAAGGACUUAAGCAGCUCAACAUGUCUCACAAUCAUCUUACAGGCAAUAUUGAACCAUCAAUAGGAAAUUUGACCAAUCUGGAAUCUUUAGACCUCUCUUCAAAUAAUCUUACUGGAAGGAUUCCGAUCCAAUUGGCAACUUUGACAUCCCUCGCAGUAUUUUCUAUUUCGCAUAAUCAACUUGAAGGACCCAUACCUACAGGCCCUCAGUUCAACACAUUUGAUAAUAGCUCGUAUGAAGGAAACACAAGACUGUGUGGAUUUCCACUGCAAAAGGCUUGUAAUUCUGGUGAAAGGCAACAAGUCAUGACACCAUCAGGCCAAGAAGAUUCAAACUCUGAUGAAAAUGGAUUUGGAUGGAAAUCUGUUUUUACGGGAUAUGCAUUUGGAGCAGUGUUUGGUCUCGCAAUGGGAUACCUUGUGUUCAGAACAAGAAAACCUACUUGGUUGGUGAAGCUGAUUGAAGGUGAAGGACAUCCAAGGCUAAAAAGAAGUAUUAACAACACCUGCAGUUCUUAUCAGAGAAGAAGAAGAAGAAGAAAUUAGUGAAUAGAAUUGCUUUCUGAAGGUAAGUCAAAUUAUGAAUAAGCAGAUGGUGCAUUUGCAUGCCAAGUGGAAAGAAGAGAUCUCUUCUGUUGCUCCAGAAUCAAAUGCGCUACUUUGGAACAUCUACAACGAAGCUCUUUUAAAUUUUUUUUAGUCUAUAAUUUCCUCUCUUUUUUUUUGUUGUUUUUCUCUUCUUUUUUUCUGUGUGUCUAUAUAUGUAAAAUAAUUUUAAAGUCUGACUUGAUUUGUCACUUGAAAUA